AUGGGCUUCCUCGGAGCUGUAACGCUGCUCAAUAGCUGUAUGCUAGUCCCUUCGGAUUCAGAAUACGACCUCGCUGCGCAGAAGUUGGUUGAGGCAGGCUUUCGCCCCGCCCCAUGGACGUACGCCAUAACGGAUCCACAGCUUGUUCGCGAUGACGAGAUAGGCCGACGGACUUUACUCAGAGGGGAUGAUGGAUACGGGAACUUGGAUGCCAAUUCGUUACGGUUCCAGUUUCCAGCAGGCUUUUCUGGCUCAGAAAGAGUCGUGUUGCUUCGAAGCACAUAUGUUGGCAUUCGACCCCCGAGCGAUCCUGAAUCGAUGCAAAGAUUCUCUUGCAACGACAACUUGUAUUAUCCUGACGCAGUUCUGCUCCUGGAGAGCUUUAUCAAGACUCUGCUUCAGGAAAUUCCAGGCUCUUGGCGCCACUUGUUGCAGGCUUGGGCUAUAGCCUAUAUAUAUGGUAUGCUGAUGGUUAAAGACACUGUACUUGAUUCCUGCGACGCUGAAAGUGUCAAAUUGUGGUUCAACGAAAGAAUUCGCCGGGGGAAUGGUGGUCUAGACAGAGGUACGGUCAGCAAGAGAGCGGGAAAAUUUCGAGCUCCUACUAAGUAG